UUUCCGCCGGUUUUUCCUGUUGGAGAAGGGAAGGGGGAGCUGUUUUCUCUCUCUCGGUAUAUUUUGUGUCCCUUUUCUCCUCCUCCUUCUCCUCCUCCUCCUCCUCCGCCACCACCUCCUCCUCCCCGGCUAUCUUUGUCUGGCUCGCGGCAACCCCCCGCUCCAGCCCCGCUGCCGCCGGGACGCGCAGCCCCUGCCCGCCGGUGCCCGGCGCAGUUUCAUGCGAGGGCAGCGCCGCGGGGAGGGCUCGGAGGCGGCGGGGGCUCCGCCGCGGCGCUGGGCGUGAGCCUUUCCCCCCCCUCCUCACCCCACCCCAACCCUCCAUGCGAGAGCGGGGCCGCGGCUGCCGGCUCCCGGCCUGAGCGCCGCCCCGCCGUCGCCGGCCGGGCCGAGCCGUGCCGUGCCGUGCCGUGCCGUGCCAUGCCCGGGCGCCGAGGGCACCGCCAGGCUGCCAGAGGCUGCCGGCCCCGGCGCCGCUCCUGCCGCCGCCGCCGCGACAUGGUGUGAGCCCGCUGCCGUCGGGGACGCGCGGGGGGCACCCACUCACCCACCCACCCACCCACCCACCGCCUCGGGGGGGGGGGCGGGAUCCAGCCCCGCACCGCGGGGAGGCAGACGGACCGCAGCACCCCCUCUCCUUCCCUCCUUCCUUCCUUCCUCCUUCCCUCACCUCCCUCUCCCCCCCCCCCCCCCCCCCACUCCUCCUCCUCCUCCCACCAUCCAUCUAUCUAUCCAUCAUCCCCCCCGCCAACCCCUCCCAAUGCUGAAGAGUUUCACCCCGGCGGGGCUGGAGUGAAGAAGGGAAGGGCGGAAGGGAGGAGAGGAGCUCCGCGCAAUUCACGGCCGCUUCGGGGAGAGGGAGGGAGGGGGAGGGGGGGGGGGCCCUGGCCUCGCUAUUAUUUAACAGAGAAGAAAAAAAGAAAACCGCAAAAAAAAAAAAAAGAAGGAACAAAAAAAUAUAAAAAGACGGGAAAAUGGCGAACGAUUCUCCUGCAAAAAGUCUGGUGGAUAUCGACCUUUCCUCCCUGCGGGACCCCGCUGGGAUUUUUGAGCUGGUGGAAGUGGUUGGCAAUGGCACGUACGGGCAAGUCUACAAGGGUCGGCAUGUCAAAACGGGUCAGCUGGCAGCCAUCAAAGUCAUGGACGUUACCGAGGACGAAGAAGAAGAAAUCAAACUGGAGAUUAAUAUGCUAAAGAAAUAUUCUCAUCAUAGAAACAUUGCAACUUAUUAUGGUGCUUUCAUUAAGAAAAGUCCUCCAGGACAUGACGACCAACUGUGGCUUGUUAUGGAGUUUUGUGGAGCAGGCUCUAUCACAGACCUUGUUAAGAAUACGAAAGGGAAUACUCUGAAAGAAGACUGGAUAGCAUAUAUCUCCAGAGAGAUUCUCCGGGGGUUGGCACAUCUUCAUGCCCAUCAUGUGAUUCACAGGGAUAUCAAAGGGCAAAACGUGUUGUUAACAGAGAAUGCAGAAGUGAAACUCGUGGAUUUUGGUGUGAGCGCUCAGCUGGACAGGACAGUUGGCAGGAGAAACACUUUUAUUGGAACUCCGUACUGGAUGGCUCCAGAAGUUAUUGCCUGUGAUGAAAAUCCAGAUGCUACGUAUGAUUACAGAAGUGACCUUUGGUCAUGCGGCAUUACAGCCAUAGAGAUGGCAGAAGGAGCUCCCCCGCUUUGUGAUAUGCAUCCCAUGAGGGCACUCUUUCUGAUACCCAGGAACCCUCCCCCGCGGUUAAAAUCCAAGAAAUGGUCAAAAAAGUUUUUCAGCUUUAUAGAAGGUUGUCUAGUGAAGAAUUACAUGCAGCGACCUUCUACAGAGCAGCUCUUGAAACAUCCCUUUAUACGUGACCAACCAAAUGAAAGGCAAGUUCGAAUCCAGCUUAAGGACCAUAUAGACAGGACCAGGAAGAAGAGAGGAGAGAAAGAUGAGACGGAGUAUGAAUAUAGUGGAAGUGAGGAAGAAGAGGAGGAAGUGCCUGAACAAGAAGGAGAGCCAAGUUCCAUUGUCAAUGUGCCUGGAGAAUCAACCCUCCGACGUGAUUUCCUGAGACUGCAGCAGGAAAACAAGGAACGGUCCGAGGCCCUUCGGAGGCAGCAGCUGCUGCAGGAGCAGCAGCUCCGGGAGCAGGAGGAGUACAAGAGGCAGCUGCUGGCAGAGAGGCAGAAGCGUAUCGAGCAGCAGAAGGAGCAAAGGAGGCGGCUAGAAGAGCAACAAAGAAGAGAACGGGAAGCUCGAAGGCAACAAGAGCGUGAGCAAAGGCGGAGAGAACAGGAAGAAAAGAGACGUCUGGAAGAAAUGGAGAGGAGGCGUAAGGAAGAGGAAGAGAGAAGAAGGGCAGAGGAGGAAAAGAGGAGGGUAGAAAGGGAGCAGGAGUAUAUCAGGCGACAGCUAGAAGAGGAGCAGCGGCACUUGGAAAUUCUACAGCAGCAGCUGCUCCAGGAGCAGGCCAUGUUACUGGAAUACAGAUGGCGAGAGAUGGAGGAACACCGGCAGGCGGAGCGACUCCAGCGCCAGUUGCAGCAGGAGCAAGCCUACCUCCUGUCGCUGCAGCAUGAUCACAGGCGGCAGCAGCAGCAGCAGCAACAGCAGCAACAGCAGCAGCAAGAAAGAAAUAAGCAAAGCUAUCAUACCCCUGAGCCAAAAUCCCACUAUGAGCCUGCUGAAAGAGCGCGAGAGGUGGAGGAAAGAUUUAGAAAAACUAACCAGGGCUCCCCUGAAGCGCAAUCUAAACAGAUGGGCAAAGUGUUGGAGCCACCAGUGCCUUCAAGAUCAGAGUCCUUUUCCAAUGGAAACUCAGAACCUGCUCAGCCUGCCCUGCAGAGGCCGAUGGAGCCCCAGGUACAGUGGUCCCAUCUGGCAUCUCUCAAGAACAAUGUUUCCCCUGUCUCGCGAUCCCAUUCCUUCAGUGACCCUUCUCCCAAAUUUGCUCAUCACCAUCUUCGUUCCCAGGACCCAUAUCCACCUUCACGCAGUGAAGUGCUAAAUCAGAGUUCUGACUCUAAGUCGGAGGUACCCGACCCCACCCAAAAGGCUUGGGCUAGAUCAGACAGUGACGAGGUGCCUCCAAGGGUACCUGUGAGAACAACGUCUCGAUCACCAGUCCUGUCCCGCCGUGAUUCUCCCCUGCAGGGCAGUGGGCAGCAAAAUAACCAAGCAGGUCAAAGAAACUCCACGAGCAAUAUAGAGCCUCGUCUGCUGUGGGAAAGGGUGGAGAAGCUCGUACCAAGGCCGGGCAGUGGCAGUUCUUCGGGUUCAAGCAACUCUGGCUCACAGCCUGGCUCCCAUCCCGGCUCUCAGAGUGGGUCUGGAGAGAGGUUCCGGAUGAGAUCAUCAUCCAAAUCAGAGGGUUCGCCGUCACAGCGUCAUGAAAGUGCACCUAAAAAGCCUGAAGAGAAAAAGGAAGUCUUCAGACCUAUCAAGCCUGCUGAUUUAACUGCUUUGGCAAAGGAAUUGCGAGCAGUAGAGGAUGUGCGACCUCCACAUAAAGUAACGGAUUAUUCAUCCUCAAGUGAGGAGUCAGGGACGACGGAUGAGGAAGAUGAUGAUAUGGAACAGGAAGGAGCAGACGAAUCUACUUCUGGACCAGAUGAUGUUCGAGCAGUGUCGACGUUGAACUUGAGCAAUGGUGAAACAGAGUCAGUGAAAACCAUGAUUGUCCAUGAUGAUGUGGAGAGUGAACCUGCCUUGACUCCUUCUAAGGAGGGCACCUUAAUUGUCCGACAGAGUACAGUUGACAAAAAGCGUGCCAGCCAUCAUGAGAGCAAUGGCUUUGCCGGUCGCAUUCACCUCUUGCCAGAUCUCUUACAGCAAAGCCAUUCCUCCUCCACUUCCUCCACCUCCUCCUCCCCAUCCUCCAGCCAGCCGACACCCACCAUGUCCCCACAGACACCCCAGGACAAGCUAACUACUAAUGAGACUCAGUCCGCUAGUAACACACUCCAGAAACACAAAUCUUCCUCCUCCUUUACACCUUUUAUAGACCCCAGAUUACUACAGAUUUCUCCAUCUAGUGGGACAACUGUGACUUCUGUGGUAGGAUUUUCUAGUGAAGCAAUGAGAUCAGAGGCAAUAAGGCAAGACCCUACGCGGAAAGGAUCAGUUGUCAAUGUGAAUCCCACAAAUACGCGGCCACAGAGUGAUACCCCAGAGAUUCGCAAAUACAAGAAGAGAUUCAAUUCUGAGAUACUGUGUGCUGCCUUAUGGGGAGUGAACUUGUUAGUGGGCACUGAAAGUGGUCUGAUGCUGCUAGACAGAAGUGGUCAGGGGAAGGUUUAUCCGCUCAUCAAUCGAAGACGAUUCCAGCAAAUGGAUGUGCUUGAAGGGCUGAAUGUCUUGGUGACAAUUUCUGGUAAGAAGAACAAGUUGCGAGUUUAUUAUUUGUCCUGGUUAAGAAAUAAAAUCCUUCACAACGACCCUGAAGUAGAAAAGAAACAGGGAUGGACAACGGUGGGCGACUUGGAAGGCUGUGUGCACUAUAAAGUUGUAAAAUAUGAAAGAAUCAAGUUCUUGGUAAUUGCAUUGAAGAGUUCUGUGGAAGUCUAUGCAUGGGCACCAAAGCCAUACCAUAAAUUUAUGGCCUUUAAGUCGUUUGGAGAACUGGUACAUAAGCCAUUGCUGGUGGAUCUAACCGUAGAAGAGGGUCAGAGACUAAAAGUGAUCUAUGGCUCCUGCGCUGGCUUCCAUGCCGUUGAUGUGGAUUCAGGAUCGGUCUAUGAUAUUUAUUUACCAACACAUAUCCAGAGCAGUAUCCAACCUCACGCAAUCAUCAUUCUCCCAAACACGGAUGGGAUGGAGCUACUGGUCUGCUACGAGGAUGAAGGAGUUUACGUCAACACGUAUGGAAGGAUCACCAAGGAUGUGGUUCUGCAGUGGGGAGAAAUGCCGACUUCAGUUGCGUACAUCCGAUCCAACCAGAUUAUGGGAUGGGGAGAAAAAGCUAUCGAAAUACGAUCGGUGGAAACUGGACACUUGGACGGUGUGUUCAUGCACAAAAGGGCACAAAGACUCAAGUUCUUAUGCGAACGCAAUGACAAGGUUUUCUUUGCCUCCGUACGGUCAGGUGGAAGCAGUCAAGUCUAUUUCAUGACCCUUGGCAGGACUUCUCUUCUGAGCUGGUAGAAGCGGUGGGAUUUGGCGAGGAAUUGCUGACAUCCAGAGUCUGAGAUCUUCAUAACUCGGAAUUAUUUUCAACUGGAGUACAGACCUGCACUAAUGCAGCACUCUGUGUAAAUGUGUGUGCAGGCAUCACUGGUGUUAGGUUUCUUUUUGUUUUUCAACCGAGGCUGCGACGCAGCUGGUGCUGUAAAGAUAUUGCCAUCAGGUGCUACGAUGUCUUUGAGAUUUGGGAUCACGCUAGAAAGCUACAGGUCUUCUUUUCCCUUCAGCUCCAGGAUUCCUAGGCUUUGAAGGACUCUGUUUGUUAGUGUUAAAACAGAGAGGGGGGAAAAAAAGGAAAAAAAAAAAAAGUAAUCCAGGCUUACCGUGAACAUGCUGUUGAGUGGACAGGAGGCAGGCAAGAGAAGGUGAGAAGUGGUGUAGAGAGUCAGACUGGCUGAAACAGAGGGCAGAUCUAGUCUAGUAAUGUUAACAAUGUAUUUAAUUGACAUUUCUUUUUUGUAAUGUGACAAUAUGUGGACAAAGAGGAA